AAAAAAAUGAAACAAUUUUCGGGAAUCUUGUUAUUCCUUACGACUUUAUUCUUCUUUGUAAGUUGUUUAAAUAUAAUAUAUGAAAACAAAUAAUAUUCACUUUAUGCAAUAUUAGGUACAAGCACAACAACCAGAAAAAAGUCUAAUUCAACAUGCUCAAGUUGUUGAUGAAAAUCAGUUCAAGAUUAGUACAAAUGUCGUUGAUAAUAUAGCAUCUUCUUCUUCCUUAGUUACUCAUAACGAAAAUAUGAAAAGCCGAGUAUCUGGCUAUCUUGAAUAUAUACAUGGUUUAGUUGAUAAGGCACAAGAUGAAUUAAAGGCAUACAACAAUCGUCGUCCCUCAACGAAAUAUUCUGUUUAUGAUAUUGCCUUUGGUGUUGCCAACUAUUUACCUUCUUGGUUGUAUCCUCCUUCUUUAUGGAGAGAGGACCCACUUACGCGUCGUCGUCAUAUUGCUAAAGUAUUACGUUCUAUACCACUUCAUGUUCGCCCUUAUUCUAUUUCCAUUCGUAACAACGUAACACGUUGGGCUCAAGAAUCAGGCCAUCUCUUUGCACAGGAUUAUAUCAGUAGCACGAUUGAUGAAGUCACAUCUCUACUUCAAACUGCCGAGGAUUUUGUUUCUGCUGCCACAGAUGCUGAAUUAAUGGACCCUAUCUUUUUAUCAACUGGUUACGUUGCUUUAGACGAAGCAGUAAAUCAGUUUAUUAGUAAAAACAAGGUUGAGUUUAAUUCUAAACUGAAUUCAGUGAACCAUCGAUUCAAUUCUAUCGUCAACUUGUCUGGUCAUCUUCGUCGUUCCCUUGAAAGUGUUCGAUUUGACACGAUUGAACAGACCAAGAUGGUACAACAUGAGUUGUUUAGUGGACGUGUUGAGCAACCACUUCAUCACCUUAGCUGGCAUAUUCGUAACGAGUUGCAAAGUCUUUAUCAAGAACUUCGUCAAAUGCCCGCCGUAGAGGAUAAGGAAGCAUCUCGAUUAUUAAGAAAGCAUACAGCUGAUUCUUUACGUACAGAGAUUCAUUCGUUAAAUAAUAUCAAAUUGGCUAUGCAACGAUCCAAGUCCCUCUUUCACAAAAUUUGGGAGAAUGCAUCUAAUGAAUUAUAUCAAAGUCCUAUUUCAUUUACUUAUUGGGUAGAUGUUAUAGCUGAGGUAAAAGAAGCAGCUAUUCAAUUAGGUGAAGGUCUUUCUGAAAGAUAUAGAAAAAUCCAAUACAAGAAAUGUAAAUGUGGUUAUUAAAAGGAUAAAGAAAAAAGAAAAAAUAAUAAUAAUAUCUGUAUUAUAUAAGUAUGUAUGAAUAUGUAUAACUCCUUUUUAGUUCGUUGUAUUUUUGAAUAAAAUAAUGAUAAUAAUAAUAAAUUUAUUCAUCGUGGACUGUUUUUU